GGUAAACUCCACCAUGGCGGCGGCGCGAGGACAUGUGCAGGAUCCCAACGACAGGAGACUCAGACCCAUUUACGAUUACCUCGAUAAUGGCAACAAUAAGAUGGCGAUACAGCAGGCGGACAAACUGCUGAAGAAACACAAAGACCUGCACUGUGCCAAGGUCCUAAAGGCCAUCGGCCUUCAGAGGACGGGGAAGCAGGAUGAAGCUUUCACUUUGGCCCAGGAAGUGACGGCUCUAGAGCCCACUGACGACAACUCGCUGCAGGCUCUGACGAUCCUGUACAGGGAGAUGCAUCGUCCGGAGUUGGUCACCAAGCUGUACGAAGCCGCGGUGAAGAAGGUUCCCCUCAGCGAGGAGUACCACUCCCACCUCUUCAUGGCCUACGCCCGCGUCGGGGAGUACAAGAAGAUGCAGCAGGCGGGAAUGGCCUUGUAUAAAAUCGUCCCCAAGAACCCGUAUUACUUCUGGUCUGUCAUGAGUCUGGUGAUGCAGGCCAUCUCGGCUCAGGACGAGAAGCUGUCCCAGACCAUGUUCCUGCCUCUGGCCGAGCGCAUGGUGGAGAAGAUGGUCAAGGAGGAGAAGAUCGAAGCGGAAGCAGAGGUGCAGCUGUAUUAUAUGAUCCUGGAGCGUUUGGGAAAGUGUGUCGAGGCUCUGGAUGUGAUCAGGGGUCCACUUGGUGAGAAGCUGACCAGCGAGCUGCAGAGCAGAGAAACCAAGUGCAUGAGUCUCUACCGGAGACUCCAACGCUGGCCGGAGUGCAACUCGCUGGCCCACAAGCUGCUGCUCAAGAAUCCUGACGACUGGCAGUUCUACCCCUCCUACUUCGACUCUCUCUUCCACCUCAUCGAUCAGUCGUGGAGUCCUCCGGAAGACGGCGAGCACUGUCCGGAGGGUCCGGUCCACCACACCGUGGCCGAGGUCGCGAGCUUCGUGGAGGAGAGGAUUCUGGGGGAGGACGGCAAAGACUCGCGCUCGCUCCGAGGACCGUACUUAGCUCGCCUAGAACUGAUUCACCGACUGAGGGAGCGGGGGGGCUGUCCCGAGGAGAAGCUGCUAGGCGACCCUUUAGAGCUGAUGGUGCAGUUCUUUGUGAAGUUUGGAGACAAGCCGUGCUGCAUCACCGACCUCAAAAUAUACCUCCACCUGCUCUUCCCCGAGCAGCACGUGACGUUCGUGAACCGCCUAGGGGAGGCGGUGCCCCUGGGGCCACAGGGCGACGACGGCUUGGCGUUCCCCGAGGACACGCGGGCGCUGCAGAGGCACCUGUGUGUGUGCCAGCUGACCCGAGCCCUCGGGCUGCACCACGCGCUGCCGCCGGGCGGGAAGCUGCGGCUCAUCGCCGAGCUCAAGGCCCACUACCGCCACGGCCUCCAGUUCGGGUCUGACGCGCUGCAGACGGAGCUGCAGUUCUCCGACAUGUACUGCCUCAUGGCGGCUCACGUCUACAUCGACCUGUGGAAGGAGACGGGCGAUGACAACAUGGUGUGGCAGAGCCUGGGCGUGCUGCAGGAGGGUCUGGCCAGCAGCUCCUCCAACGCCCAGUUCAAGCUGCUCACGCUGCUGGUCUACUGCCACCUGGGCGCCUUCGAGCCCGUGGUGGAGCUCUACUCCAGCCUGGACGCCAAGCACGUGCAGCACGACACCAUCGGCUUCCUGUUGACGCGCUACGCCGGCUCUCUGGGUCAGUUCGCUGCUGCCUCCCAGUCCUGUAACUUCUCCCUCAGGUUCUUCCACUCCAACCAGAAGGAUAUCUCAGAGUACAUCAUCCAGGCGUAUAAGUACGGGGCGUUUGAGAAGAUCCCAGAGUUCAUAGCGCUCCGGAACCGGCUGAACCAAUCGCUGCACUUCGCCCAGGUGCGCACGGAGGGGAUGCUGCUGGACCUUUUCCUGGAGGCCGACAUUGUGUUGAGCCUGGAGGAGAGUGUGAAGGCCAUGUCGUUGUCUCCGGAGGAGGACGACAUCCUCUGGGACACCAUGAGGGACAACAGGGACCUCACCGUCUUCACCUGCUGGGACCCCAAAGACAGACAGCUGACCGAGGAGCACCGGCGCCGCUCUCUGGAGGAGGAGACGGUCUGGCUGCGGUUGCGCUCCCUGACGCUCCGCCUCCUCGCCGCGCUGGCCUCGCCGGGACGCGCGCCGUCGCGGCAGAACUCCGACACGGCCAACGAGAACGGCGUCGCCAACGACAACGGGACCCCGUCGGCGCUCGCCGGGCUGCUCGCCCAGCUGCAGCGCGCCCUGCAGACGGCGGCUCGGAUGGCGGAGAAAUGCACACAGUAUCCACUCCUCGGCCCCCCCGCCACCCGCCUGGCCUCGGCUCUGUCCAGCGGCAGCUGUCAGUGUCAGGCUGCAGCCCUGCAGCUGUCGGUCCACCUGCAGGACCUGGAGAGCGCCGGACUCGACGAGUCGUCGGAGCUUCAGACUCAGAUCUGUAACGGCUUCCAGUCGUUAGUCGUUCAGCUUCGAGAAAUACUGAAUAAAGGCGAAGGGGACUUAUUGGAAAUGAAAGGAGGCAAAUUAAAAACCCGACCCUCCUUAUUAGAAAACCUCAUCUUCUUUGUCGAGACGGUGUGCAUCGUCUUGUGGACGGCGAGUCACUGUGCCAAGAUCCUCCGACCGCUGAAGACCAGCCUACAGAAGAAGAAGAAGAAGAAGAAAAAGGAUGUGAACACGGCGCUGCCGGCCGUGGUUUGUGGGUUCCAGGAGCUGACGGGGAGCUUGCAGGACCUGCUCACCCAGGCUGUGGAGCACAUCAGGGGGCAAGAGACCGGCAUCACGGCCCUGCAGCUGGCCGGCCUGAGCCUGGAGGGAAACUCACAGGACGAGGAGUCGUUUGCGAAGGCUGCUAUGGACAAAGUGCAGAGCAGUUACCUGCGCUCACUACAGGAGGCGGGAGAUCUGCUCAAGAAGAGAGCGGAAACCAUAAAGAACCUCAAGAUCUGAACCCUCCCACCUGAGCCCCCCCCCCCCCCCACCAGCUAACUGAGUCCUACAAUCCAAACUCACCUCCUUCCUGUCCUGCAGAUUUCUCAACUCAGCAGUUUGUGAGCUCUCAAUCUGGAUUUUUAUUUUCUCGUCUUUCACCUCAAACACACACAGACACACACACACCACGGGAACAUGUUCGACUCCUCUAGCACACAAAGCUUGGAAGUAAACUCGUGAAAAUGAGGAAUAAAGACGUGGGAAAGACAUUCAUUUUUUUUUUUUUACUAAAUCAAAACAAAUAAUGCAAAUAUAGGAAAUAAAGACUAAAGCCGCUUUAGAUGACGUAAUCUAAUAAAUUAUUGUACAUAGUAAAGAACUACUACCACAACUUAAAAUAAGAUUAUGAGACACAAUAAUGUCCGUUAAGUUGCUUCUUUUUAUGCCUCACUUUGUUUUGUUUCCUCUGGUGAGAACAAUCAAAGCAACACACACACACACACUCUGGGACUGUUAACACUAAGGAGUAAAGGUAUGUCAUUGCUGUUUCUCAAAGAGCGGGAAGGCACAAUAUUCACGGACUCCUGCCGACGGACGUUUCCCCUCGUUAAAGAAUUAUUUUGUCACAAUCUUUUUCUUUUAUGUUUUAUUUGUUGUUUUUUGUGUAUCUUGUGUGUGUCUCCUUGAAAGUAGUUGCAGUAUUAUAAAGAGCAGUAGUGGGAUGAGUUCAGAGGACGUAUGUUUUUUAUUUUGAAGUCUGACUUGUUUCUUUUAUACCAGGAGAAGCUCAAACACGUCGACUAAAACACACACUGACUGAAUCCUUUCACACUUCUAAUUAUUUAAAAGUUCAAUGUGCGGUUAUGUUCAUCCCUUUUGUUUUUUUUAACUCCAAUCCACGAAAUGUUACUGCUGCAAAAUGCAUCGUUAUGCAAAGAUUAAUUAUCUUGUGACAAAACUAUUAAGUGAAGAAAUAAGUAGAAUGUGCGAUGAUGCAUGUUUUGACAGUUUGGACUUUGACCCAAACUACGGAAGCCCGGAGAGGACAAAAAACAUGGCGGUUGUUCUAUUUUCUGAAUCUGAGCCAAAUGUUUUCUCUCCUGUUUUUUUUAACUUAAAAUGUGACUUUUAUUUUGUUGUGUAGAAUUCAUCAAUCUGCAGAUUGUAGCUGCAUUAAAAAUUCCAUAUUUUAAUUUGAUAUUUGAGAAAUUUGGCAACUCCUGGGAUAAAAUAAGAGACAGACCUGUAAAUUGAGAGUACUGAAAAUACUGCAACGCUUUAAUCGGCGUUACUUCCUUCAAAGAAACACUUCCAGGUUUCCACUUAUUUAGAAAAACAAACUGUUUUGCUAUAAUAGUUAGUGUUUGUUGUUGUAGUUCUCAUUAUGGCCACAAGAGGCUCUAAAUACGCCUAAAAGCAUGAAUUAUUUCCUUUCAGGUGAGUUUAUAUUUCCUCUCUAACUUGUUUAGAGUUCUUGAAGAAAGCAUGAAUGUUUUGCACAUCAGCCCCCUGUGGCCACAAUGAGUAUUACAACAACAACCCCAUUUUUUAUGGACUUUUUACAUGCAAAACUUUAUUUCUCCUGUUUUACAGACGACAUAGGACAACCAGUUAUUUAGUCUUAAGCCCAGAAGAGGAAACACAACUUGGAUCAAUUAGAAAACAGAGGAUUUUGUUCCCCACUUCCCCCUCUGGGCUUCCGUACCUCUAGAAUAUAUUCUGGACUAAAUUGUAAAUUUAGAGUUGAGGAAGCAGUGCGAUGUUUUGUUUUUUUAAACAGCGGCUGCAGUCGACGCCAAGAUAUCUGUCCUGUGUUCAUGUGUUUGUCAUUCCCUUUAGAGCCCCGCCCCAUAAAAAGUCUCAUUGAAUCAAAACAUUCUUCAGCAUCUUCUCCGGUUAUUCAUCACCAGUGAGACGCCGUCAGACGUCGUUUACAGAGGUCACACAGAGCACUGAUGGACGGCUGCAGAGCGUGGGCCGUCUUCGUUUUGUUUUGCUAUUUUUAUUAAGACUUUGACAGCGAUGUGAAGAUAAACGAUGGAUCCUCCCUCCUUCCUGUUCAUCUUGCAUACAAAUCACAUCUGCUAAUAAAUGACUUUUUUCUUUGAA